UGAGGCUUUUGAAGUGCUAACCUAGCACCUGUGUUUACUUAACACCUGCCAUUCUCUAGACAGCCUUCUCAUUGCCUCUGCUAAAGGAUUUCCCCUUCAGAAUCAGCAGCUAAAUGAGAUCAUGAUUUUGGAAGGAACUGGCAGAAUGAGUAUCAAUUCCAGCAGCAAUCUACUUCACCAGCAGCCUUCUUGGACAGAUGGAUAUCCCACAUGUAAUGUGCCUGGCAGUUUCUAUGGAACUCAGUGGCAUGAGAUACACCCUCAAUACUGGACCAAGUACCAGGUGUGGGAGUGGCUACAGCAUUUCCUGGAUACCAACCAGCUAGAUGCCAACUGCAUACCUUUCCAGGACUUUGACAUUGAUGGAGAACAUCUGUGCAGCAUGACUUUGCACGAAUUCACCCACGCAGCUGGGACAGCCGGCCAACUUCUUUACAGCAACCUUCAGCACCUAAAAUGGAAUGGUCAGUGUGGCAGUGAAAUGUACCCAUCACAUAAUGUCGUUGUAAAAACAGAACAAACAGAUCCGUCCUUAAUGGCCUCCUGGAAAGAAGAGAAUUAUAUGUAUGACAGUGGUUAUGGUAGCACAGUAGAGUUAUUGGACAGUAAAACUUUCUGUCGUGCACAGAUUUCCACGACUACUACCAGUCACCAGCCUCUUGAGUCUUCAGAUGAGAAAAAAACACAUGAUCAUCCACCAAAGUCCCACACCAAGAAGCACAAUCCUCGAGGAACUCACCUCUGGGAAUUUAUCAGAGAUAUUCUCCUGAAUUCAGAGAAGAACCCAGGAUUAAUAAAGUGGGAAGACCGGUCUGAAGGUGUCUUCAGGUUUUUAAAAUCUGAGGCGGUGGCUCAGCUCUGGGGAAAGAAGAAAAACAAUAGCAGCAUGACUUAUGAGAAACUCAGCCGGGCCAUGAGAUACUAUUAUAAAAGAGAAAUACUGGAGCGUGUGGAUGGCCGGAGAUUAGUCUAUAAAUUUGGGAAGAAUGCCCGUGGCUGGAGAGAAAAUGAGAAUUGAAGAUGUCAGCAAAAACAGCAGCAAAAUCUUCUGGACGUAAAUAUUUCAAAGACUAUUCUCUUCUAUUUAUGUACCAAAAUGGGAGGAAACCCCCCCUACUUCUAACAGGAAGAAGGAACACUAUCAUUGGUGUCAAAAUUAUUUUAGUUGAAGUAUGUCCUGUAUGGGGGAAAAAUGUACACAGUUUUCUGUGAUAUAUGGUAACAUAUGAUUGUGAUUAAUUUUGACAUCUUGUGAAGUUUUUUUUAUAUAGUGCAGGAGUAAUGUGAUUUAUGACAAUGCUGUGAGUCAUGCAAGUAAAGGUGGGAAUCAUGGGGCAUUAUGUAUUUUUACGAGUAAAAGAAUUUAAAAUAAGGCAGCCUGCUUUCUGCACAUGAGAAAAAUAAUAAGUUCCAAUGUUGCUUAUCUUUGUAAGAGGACUCAAGGGCAAUUGUUCAGUUCAGAUCAUAUUAUUUCAACUAUGGAUACCUGUGGAGUAUGAAGUAACAUUCGACUGUAUGCAUGAGGCUGAAAAGCAUCUGCCUCAAGUAGCUAUCCCACAACAGUUGCACAUGCUGGAGCAUGUUAGUACACUUAGGAAGUGAACUUUGAGUGGAUAAAACAGUAGGCCUCUCUGAGCCAUGCAGUUGUUUUAAUAGAUUCCUAGGCCAGAAGGGACCUCCUGUAUAACACAGGCCAUAAAACUUCCUCAAAAUAAUUC